UCAUUCUCUCCCGCCUCCGCCCACCUUCAGGUGCCUAAUGGCCGAGGGCUCGUGCUCCGACGGCUUCCAGGGAGCGAGGACAGGGCCGGCCGGGGUGUCUCUCCUGGAUUCGGGGAACAGUCGGGGACGGGCGAUGACUUUCCAGGUUCGGGGGUGGCGGAGGGAAGCGACUCAGGUUUUGGCCUGGGUGUCCGACGCGGAGGGCGGGAGAGAGGCAGCGAAGCAGCGCAGGACCCCGGCUACAAAAGACCCCACAGCUGUAGAGAGAGCAAACUUGUUAAACAUGGCUAAACUCAGUAUCAAAGGACUAAUUGAAUCUGCUCUAAGCUUUGGCCGCACUUUGGAUUCUGACUAUCCCCCCUUGCAGCAGUUCUUCGUUGUUAUGGAACAUUGUCUGAAACACGGUCUUAAAGUAAGAAAAUCAUUUUUGAGUUAUAACAAAACUAUCUGGGGCCCUUUGGAACUGGUAGAGAAGCUGUACCCAGAAGCAGAGGAAAUAGGAGCUAGUGUCCGGGAUUUACCUGGUCUUAAGACCCCCCUGGGUCGUGCAAGAGCAUGGCUUCGAUUAGCCCUCAUGCAAAAAAAAAUGGCUGAUUACCUGCGUUGCUUAAUUAUUCAAAGGGAUCUCUUGAGUGAAUUCUAUGAGUAUCACGCACUAAUGAUGGAAGAAGAAGGAGCUGUAAUUGUUGGGCUGCUGGUUGGCCUGAAUGUCAUAGAUGCUAAUCUGUGUGUAAAGGGAGAGGAUUUAGACUCACAAGUUGGGGUGAUUGAUUUUUCCAUGUAUUUAAAGAAUGAAGAAGAUAUUGGAAAUAAAGAAAGGAAUGUUCAAAUUGCUGCCAUAUUAGACCAGAAGAAUUAUGUUGAAGAAUUAAAUAGACAACUGAACAGCACAGUCAGCAGUCUCCAUUCAAGAGUUGACUCAUUAGAAAAGUCAAAUACUAAGCUGAUUGAAGAGUUAGCAAUAGCAAAGAACAAUAUCAUUAAACUCCAAGAAGAAAAUCAUCAAUUACGAAGUGAAAAUAAAUUAAUUUUAAUGAAAACACAGCAGCAUCUUGAGGUUACCAAAGUAGAUGUGGAAACUGAGCUUCAAACAUAUAAGCAUUCUAGGCAAGGGUUAGACGAAAUGUACAAUGAAGCAAGAAGGCAGCUCCGAGAUGAAUCUCAGUUAAGACAGGAUGUGGAGAAUGAGCUAGCGGUACAAGUUAGUAUGAAACAUGAAAUUGAACUUGCUAUGAAGUUGUUGGAGAAAGAUAUUCAUGAGAAGCAAGAUACACUGAUAGGCCUUCGGCAACAAUUGGAGGAAGUUAAAGCAAUUAACAUAGAGAUGUAUCAAAAGUUACAGGGUUCUGAAGAUGGUUUGAAAGAAAAAAAUGAAAUAAUUGCCCGACUAGAAGAAAAAACCAGUAAAAUUACUGCAGCCAUGAGGCAGCUGGAACAAAGAUUGCAGCAAGCAGAGAAGGCGCAAAUGGACACUGAAGAUGAGGACAAGAAAUAUCUUCAAGAAUGUCAGAGUAAAUUCGACAGUUUGCAGAAACAAAUCUCCCAAAAGGAGAAACAGCUGGUGCAGCUGGAAACCGAUUUGAAGAUUGAGAAGGAAUGGAGGCAGACUUUGCAGGAGGAUCUUCAAAAGGAGAAAGAUGCCUUAUCUCAUCUUAGAAAUGAGACCCAACAAAUCAUUAGUCUUAAAAAAGAGUUCCUUAACCUCCAGGAUGAAAAUCAGCAGUUGAAAAAAAUAUAUCACGAACAGGAGCAAGCUCUUCAAGAACUUGGCAACAAACUUAGCGAAUCAAAACUUAAAAUAGAAGAUAUAAAAGAAGCCAACAAAGCCUUGCAGGGACUGGUUUGGUUGAAAGACAAAGAAGCAACACAUUGUAAACUUUGUGAAAAGGAAUUCUCACUCUCUAAGAGAAAGCACCACUGUAGAAACUGUGGGGAAAUUUUCUGUAAUGCUUGCUCUGACAACGAACUGCCUUUGCCUUCUUCACCAAAGCCAGUACGGGUUUGUGAUUCCUGUCACGCAUUACUGAUUCAAAGAUGCUCAUCUAAUUUGCCGUAAGACUCCAGAACUAAAAUACUUAUGUAUGAAAAAGUACCUACCAUGAAAGUUACAUAUGAACAUGUAUACAACAUAUUCAGAUAGCCCUUUUUGAGCAGCUUUCAAACAGCAUUGAUACCAGUUUUACCUUCCAAAUAUUCAAUUUAUGGGAAUUAUAAAUUAUAUAAUUUGAUAUUUCCUUCCCAUUAUUCAAAAAGAAUUUAAGAGGGCAUGCUUUCAAGUAACUUUAGCCUGAUUGCUGUAAUCAUGUUAAUCUUUUCUUAAUGCCAUUGAGAGGCCAGAUAGCAUAGCUAACACACAUUUGCCUUAUUUUGUAAAGGCCUUCUUAAAGAAAACAGGGCUUCAGAUUGUUUUAUUUUCCACAUUAUCAAAUUGGUAUUUGAUGGUGCCUGUAAUUUUCUAAAUGCACUUUAAAGCUUCUCACAGUUCUCAGCGGAAAGAUUGGAAAUACGUAUUUUAGAAGUAUAAGUAUUCCAACUUAACGGAUUUUUCAUUAGCUUGGUAAGAUUUCAACCUAUUAUUUGCCCCCCCUUUGCCCAUUAUGCAUUGGAAAAGACCUUCCCCCUCUUAAGUCAAUGUUGUAUUUGCUGAUAACUUUCAGACACAGUGCUUUGAGAGGUAUUAUUUUCCCUCAACUCUUUUUUGAAAGGAAGUUAAAAUUCCAUAUGCGUUUCUUAGGGAGGGCUCACACCCCUUCUUAAAAGUUGAAACAUAAAUCCUCUCCUAGAAAAGAAUGUAUCUGUUAACAGGGAUUACAGGCCCGAUUGAUUCUCCUCUAACUUUAAAGGGGAAAUCUAAAAUGCAGUUAAACUUUGCCUUUGAUAUGACAGACUUGAGUGAAGUUUUAUGCUACAUUUCCAUUCCAGUAACUUUUAGGAAGCAUUACACUGUAGCAGUCCCACUAUUACAGUAUAUAUACGGAGUAAAUUCACCGUAUACUGAACACUUAAGCCAGGGUCCAGAGUAGAUGUGGUCUCAGCCCUACCAUUAAAUACAUACUUGGACUAUUUCAAGCAUGAAAAUCAAAAAACACUAAUCUGUUAUAUUGCUUAUAGCAUACCAGGAAUUCAUUAUGUAAAGUUAUUCUUGUAUAACUAACCAUUUAACAGCAUCAUGAGAUUUUCUCAUUUCAGUCAUGCACUUUUGUCUGUGAACCUUCCAAACUUGUAAGUAUCGUUCAUGUAUUACUAGGAGCAUUAGUGAAUUAAUCAUGGCCACCUCCCUUCCCAAGAUAGGGUUGCUUGUUCGACAAGAUCAUUUCCUCAAGAGUACACACUUCCCUUAAGGCUUACUAUUUUUCUAAAUUGCCAAAGUAUGAAACUGAUGUUUUACUUAGAUUGAUUUUCUCCAUAAUUCAGUUUUUGAGGUCUUCAGUUAGAACUGACAUACAGAUUUUUAGGUGGUCUUUAAUGUUCUGAAAGAAAUGUCUGAGAUAUGAAUUAUAUAUUCUUGGAACUGUUUUGUACUGAUGGGGUGGAUUGUUUUUAUGAUUGCUGAAAAUGAGAAUAAGCAAAAAUGAGAAGUUUCAAAUACUGUUUUAUUAUAACUGCACUUGAAACAAACUUUAAAAUAUCAUUUUCUGAAUUUAAGACUUGUUUCAUUCAACAAAUAAACCAUGAUUUUUGUCCCCGUUUAAAUUCUUAAAUUCACUCAAAACUUACUGCCAUUGAUUUAGGCUUUUUUGUAGACAGGCUUUUAUGACAGUAAUACAACUUGCUCCGUUGAGUUUUUGACUCUUCUCUAAAAAACAUUUAUACAAAUUUUGGACUUUAUGUUACAGACCCAUCAAUUUGUAUUUUCUAAUUUGUGAACUUCACAUGCCAUUCCCCCACCUAGGAGUACUACCACAGUAAUGCUAUCAUGGUGCCAAGGAAUUGUGACUGUAAUUCUUCUAACUGCACUGUUUUAAAAUGUGAAUUUUAUAUACCAAAUAAAAGAUUUGAAAAGAUUA